CUUGUGCACACUAAACUGUAAACACAGACAUACAAAAAUUAUUUUUUUCAAAAAUCAAAAUCCACAAAAAAUAUUUUUCGUAUCCGUUAUAAAUGUCAAUUUUGAAUGUGAAGUUUUGGUUGAAAUAGAAACAAAAUUUUUGAGUUAAAAACGAAACACGAAGACGCGAAAUGUCCGGCAUUCUCGGCUGGAUAAAGCCAACAGCCAGAAGUCAAUCUAAAUGCCUUACGCCGUGUCUCUCACAGAUCACCCGAUGCAUCAGCUACCACUCGCCCGUGUUCCGGCCGCGCUUUCUGCUCAAUGAGCGGGCAAGGCGACUCAAGCGGAUCGGCUUCCCGGCGACGCCGCUCCAAGUGCUCAACUGCAACUGCAGCGACGGCGUGCGAGUGCAGUUGUACUCGCAGAGUGCCGCCAACAAGGUGUUUACCUUCAAUGGCCGAGUCAACAUGCUGCGCAAGCGCAUCAGCUUCUCGGGCACACCCGGCGGACCGGAAGGCGCGCAGAGUGUCAUACCCAUUGGCCUGAUCACGCCGGAGAAGAAGGAUGGCAAGGACCUGAAGAUAGUAAUUGUGCCGCUGGACAUAGCCGGCAUGAAUGCCAACGAACUGAAGGAAACGCUGACGAGCAUCAAUCAGCUGAGAAAAUACGCAAAUGAAAUCGACGCGUUCUCCAGCAGCAUGGUGGACGACUUCAAUGCAAUGAUGCGGGAGGCGAACAGUCAAGCAACAGCCCACACGAAUGAACUUGCAGCAACAGCAGCACCAGAGGCAGCAGCCGAGGAGCAGCCUCAGCCUCAGUUGCAACAGCAGCAACAGAAGCAACCACCCGCCGCAGAGGAUGCAGAAUUCUGGCAGUCAUACACCACAGCGCCAAGCGCAGCGGAUAUGGACAUCGAUGCCAUUGCCAAGGGCCCAGCGCAACUGGGGGGCACUGCCGCAGCCCACGAGCAGCAGGCAAUGGGUGCCACGGGUGCCAUGCUGGACGGCAAUGUGACAACCUCCAGCCUGCCAACAGCCACACCAGCAAGACUACCGACCACGACGCAGCCCAAGGUACAGACGCAGGAUCAGGCAAAGGCGCACACCCAGGCCAAGCCCAAGGUGCAGCUCGAAAGCGAAGAGCAAGCGCAGCCGCAGCAGCAGCCGCAGCCGCAGGACAAUGCACAGCCCCUGCCCAAGACGCUGCCCAUACAGGACCCUGUACAGGCACAGCCGCAGGCAGGCAGCAAAGUGCUGGCCCAACUUGAACCAGCCAUCGAUGCUGCCGAGCUGGAGACCCUCGGAGGUGAUGACCUGCAGGGCGUGAAGAUUUCCGUGCCCCGGAGUCUGAGCGAUCGCCUGAACGACCUGGCCAUCUCCUCCAUGGAGCUGUCCUUCGAAAUGGACAUGACCAAUGUGCGCGAUGCCAUCGAGUGCAAGCAAACGGGCGGCCAGGCGCUGAUGCCCAACAGUCCCGUGGUGUCCAUGAACACACGUGUGGAGCUGGCCACGCCCGGUCUGCCCGAUCACACAGUGCCGCUGCAUUUCAAUGCCCUGAUCGCGGGCGUCGUCAAUGUGGACAUGAAGAAGCUGGAUCUGCAGAGCAUGACCGAGGAUCAGGUGCCGGACUUCAAUGACGAUGUCACCUCGCUGGCGGCCAAUUUGUGCAGCGCUGCCCUCGAGAAUGGGAUGUGUGUCGAUCAGAGUACGUUCCAGCAGGCUCCAAUGAUCGAUACACCGGCGGAGCUCAGCGACAAGGAGCUGUCGGAGAUGACGGACCAGGAGCUGGCGGCCCUGAAGAACCAGUAUGCCGCCAGGCUAUCGGAGCUGCAGCAAGAACUGUGCGCCGUCGAGCAAAUGGAUCCGGCCAUGACAGUGGCCGCCAUUGCCAAGUCGUUGAGUCCCGAGCAGGAGCGGGAGCUGCCCAAGAUAUCGACGCAGGCCCACACGGCUCUGAAUCGCGCCCAAGCCCAGAAGCACAUGAAGCAGACAACGGCGGCAGCAGCCCCACUGCAGGUCCGGUCGGGCAGCGCGGAGCCCGAGGAGCAGUUCCAGGGGCCCAUGCUGCGCGAUGGCUGCAAGCAUGGCGUCAUCAAGCCGAAGAAGAAGUGCAAGAAGAAGUGCCCGCUGGGCGAUCCCUGCAAGGAGGACAAGUGCAAGCGCCCGAAGAAGGGCGACAAGAAAUCGAAAAAGAAGAAGGCCUCGCUGAAUGCCACCCAGAUACGGGCCAGUGGUGGCAAGUCUUCGUGUGGUGGCAAAAAGGAUGCCAAAAAGAAGGACCCGUGCGCCAAGAAGGACGACAAAAAGAAGAAGGAUCCUUGCGCCAAGUUCAAGAAGGAUGGCGGCAAGAAGAAAGAUCCCUGUGGCAAGAAGGACGACAAGAAGAAGAAAGAUCCUUGCGCUAAAAAGAAGGACCCGUGCGCCAAGAAGGACCCGUGCGGCAAGAAGGACGGCGGCAAGGACAAAAAGAAGAAGGAUCCUUGCGCGAAGUUCAAGUCCGGCGCAAAGAAGGACCCGUGCGCCAAGAAGGACGAUAAAAAGAAGAAGGACCCGUGCGCGAAGUUCAAGUCCGGCGAAAAGAAGGACCCGUGCGCCAAGAAGGACGAUAAAAAGAAGAAGGACCCGUGCGCGAAGUUCAAGUCCGGCGAAAAGAAGGACCCGUGCGCCAAGAAGGACGAUAAAAAGAAGAAGGACCCGUGCGCGAAGUUCAAGUCCGGCGCAAAGAAGGACCCGUGUGCCAAGAAGGACGACAAAAAGAAGAAGGAUCCCUGCGCGAAGUUCAAGAAGGGCGGCGAUAAAAAGAAGGACCCGUGCGGCAAAAAGGACGACAAAAAAAAGAAGGACCCGUGCGCCAAGAAGAAGGACCCGUGCGGCAAAAAGGACGACAAAAAGAAGAAGGACCCGUGCGCAAAGUUCAAGAAAGGCGGAGACGACAAAAAGAAGAAUGAUCCCUGCAAGAAAAAGUACUCCACCUGCGCCAGUCCCUUGCUCGCCGAUUCUGUGUGCCAGCUUCAUGAGUCCCGCCAGGCGGCAGGAGCGCCGCCGGUCCGUUACUCUAGCCGUGCGGCAACUCCUUGCCGCUAUCUAAUCUAUUCGACGCUCGUGCGCCGUCACUAUGGCGGCAAGCCGACAAAAACGCAGCUCUGUGGCUUGACGGCUGGCGAUGCCACCACGUGGCAGCGUGGCUAUGCGAAGGGCAAGAAGGAUGGCAAGAAGGAGGAUGGUGGCAAGUGCGCGGUGCUGGAGCAGAAAUACCCCCUGAACCGUGGCAAGGACAAGAAGGCGCGCACCAAGGCACGCACCGAUUGCUACAUCGAUGGCGAGGAAUGCCCCAGGAUUUUCUGCACCGGAAAUUGUGCCAAGGUGCGCUUCCCGCGCAAGAAAUGCGACAAAAGCAAAAAGAAGAAGGGCGGCAAUAAGAACAAGUCCGGCAAAGAAGGAAAUAAAUGGCUUGCUCCGGACCAAUUCGCUGCCCUGGCCCCGGCCCAGUGGCAGCGCAGGCAGUUCUCCUGCCAGCCCCAGACAGAACUCGGUGACGAUCGCACCAGAUAUAUGAUCAAUAUUCCCAGACGCUAUGACAUCGAGAUGCUGGAAUUACCAUUAGCCCAGCCCAAGGAGUAUGAGGCGCUCAUCCGUGUGGGUUCUGUGGCACUCAGCGGCUCGGACAUUCACAUCUAUGAGAACGGCAAUGAGGACAUGAAGGACAUGUCGCUGGGGCACGAGGCCACGGGAUUUGUGGAGGAGCUGGGCUCCUGUGUACAGAAUUUACAAUUGGGUGAUCGUGUGGUGUGUGAGGCGACCAUUACCUGCGGUUUUUGUGAUCUCUGCAAGGAGGGCCGCUACCAAAUGUGUGAGCGACUGUGGUACAAGGGCUUUCUGGGCACCCAUCAGAUCCAUCAUGCCGAUCUCUGCCAUCGACUGCCCAAGAACAUCACCAUGGAGGAGGGCAGUCUCAUCCAGACGCUUGCCGCCGCCUGUGCCGCCUGCCUAAAGGGUGAAAUAUUGCCCAUCAGCAAUGUGCUCAUCAUUGGCUCGGGUCCCACCACAAUAGCGGCGGGUCUGGUGGCCAAAACCCUCAAUGCCAAGCAGGUGACAAUUGCCACCACCAUGAAUUCAACACUGGAAAUGGCCACCAAUCAAUUUGGACUCAAUUGUGUGCAGUACGACUCGAAUGGACUGUACAGCGAGGUGCUGGAGUCCAUCUACAGCCAGGGCAAAGAUUGGCCCAAUUUGGUCAUCAAUUUUGCCAUCUCCGAACAGACAAUGAACCUGGCCAUAGUGGCGCUGAAGCCCUGCGGCAUUUGUGUGCUGGCCGAAUGUGCAUCGGAGGUGGCCAGCUUCAAUACCGUAGAUCUGCUGAUGAAAAACAUCAAAAUGAGGCCCAGUUUUCGCUAUGCCAAUAUGUAUCCCCUUGCCUUGCAGCUGCUGUCCACCAAGCUGGCGCCUCUGCGCAAAUUAAUUGGCAACACCUAUCCCAUAACGCAGGUGGGUGAGGCCUUUAAGGAAGCCCAGCACGAGUCCAAUACGGGCAUUAAGAAGAUAAUAGUCAAUUGCUCGGAGGCCGAUACUGGCCGAAGGAUAUUGAGAAGACGAAGAGUAAAACAAGUCGACGAUUAGCUAGACAUUAAAUCAGUUCUUGUGUACAAGACCCGGUUCAAAA